GCAGCAAUGAGCAUGCGUUGAGAUCUAAUGAAGCGCAACAGGUAAGUGGCCCGUUCAAGUUCCUGCAUUCAACACUUGCAAUGUGGCACUGAAUCAGUAAAUGUUUCUCCCUUUUAUAGUUUCAGGAGAAGGGAAAGCAUAUGUAGGAACUUGGUUCACGAGAGAGGUCCCACGCCCAUUGAGGGCUUCAAGGUUUUCACAACAAGAGUGAGGUUGGGUCCAGAUAAUCAUAUAGGCAAAGCUUAGCAGCGUUCAAAUUCGUGUCAGAUCGUCCCCGGGGGCACUAGGGCGGCUGCUCCUCUCUCACACUUCCAUUGAAGACCCCAACAAAUGUAAGCUUGCAUCUGAAGAUAAAGGAUGUGCAGACCAGAAGCAGGCGCUUUGUAACACCACUUGAACCCUGAGGCGUAUAGGAGCACAUUGCACGGGAGCAUAUCAAAGUUUGAGAAAGGUGGUGCGCCAAUUCUUUAGAGGGGCCUAAGACGGACUAAUCUUGUCCAAGCCAGCUUCAGAUGUGGCCUCUCUUUGAGGCUACAUCUGGCUGCAGACGCGAGAAAAGCAGGGAUGUCGGUUUCUCUGGACAAGCACGUUCGAUGGAAUUAGGGUUUCAGGGGUGGAGCCCAAAAUGAUGACCAUCACAAUCACAUGGCCCACGGCCGUCUGGCCCACCAUGCUCCUCCAGGGCUUCACAUUCCGCCGGGGCGGGAACCUGCCCAAGAACAAAACCCCCCGCGGGCGCCUCACGUCCCUUGGGCUCUGCGUGCUGGCCCUUUCAUUCUGGAUUCUGAUUCUUGUGGUCUUCAACAGCACUUUAUCGCCCGCAAUGUUUUCCCGCCCAUUCGCAUCAAAGUCGCUAAACAGCGGGCUGCGCGCGGACACGAUAAACACGCUUGCGCCCGAUAGGAAGUGGACGAGAGAAGCAUGUAUAAGUCACUGGGCGUCAGGGAUCGACCAGCUGGCCUUUGGGAAGCUGGCAACCAAGCGGGUGUUCCUGGGCAUGAAUUUGAAGAACAACGAGCUCGAGUGCGACCACUUCCUGGGCGAAAUCCUUUUACUUGCCGAGUUUCUCGGGCCCCCUCGGAUACACAUCUCCAUCUACGAGUCGGGCAGUCACGACGCCACCCCCGAAAAGCUGCAGGCUUUCGAGCGGGAACUGAACGUGCUCCAAAUUCCGAACACGAUUAUCACAAACGGCCUCACACGGAGACCAGGCCAGACUCGCAUCGAUUUCCUGGUCAAUGCGCGCAACAUGGCGCUUAACCCGCUUCUGAAGCAGGUCUGGGAAGGACCCCACGGAAACUUCGAGAACGGAACGUACGCCGCAGGCAACGGGUGCUGCGACCCGCUGACGUCAAUCGAGGUGUAUGCCACGUCAGACAAGAUCUACGGCCUGCGGCUCAGCUUUGGGGGGGUGACGAAGGGCCGCAUGGGGAGCCCCAUCGGUGAAAGGCACGUGCUCGAUCUCCGGAGAGGCGAGUACGUUAUCUUGGUGGAAGGCGCCGGGGAGGGUCAUCUGGUUAAAGUAAAGAUGACGACCAACUGGGGGGGGGUGCUCCUCGCGGGGGAUCCCUCGGCCGAGGGCUGGCAAAGCACGGGGAACAAACUGGACGACAUUUCGGGCUUCUACUCCGAGGACGCAAUUCAUGCGCUCAGCUUCGCAUGGGCGGACAUGGCUCCGGACGCCAGCCGCCGGUUCGAUCGCGUGCUGAUUCUAAACGACGGCUACCUGUGCGCGGAGGACAUUCUCAUGCUUCUGAUGCACGACGCGACCAUGGCGACUGCGAUCGACACGAUCGGGAUCCCCGAGGGAGAGCACACGCGGUCGUUCAUGGUGUAUGACACGUGGGUGGGGCGGGACAUCGACGGUCAGGAGCAGGAGCGCAAGUUCCCCAUCAGCAACAUCCUGACGGUUCAAGAAUGGUUCCUGGACGGGAAGCCCAUCCCGGUGUCGUGCGCAUGCCACGGGGCAGUCAACAUCGACGCGGACGUCUUCUACAAGAAGCGCAUCACGUUCCGCAACCGCGGGUGGGAGGGCGAGUGCGCGGCCUCCGAGUACAGCUUCUUCUGCAAGGACAUCUGGAACGCGUACGGCGAGCGGGUGCGGAUCGUGAUGGACCCGCGCGUCGUCGUCGGGAUCGACGUCAGCGCGUGGGAGCACGUGACGCUCGCACGUGCGAAGCAGCUGCCCGCGUACUUCAAGGAGGACCCGUUCGACACCGGGAUCCAGCCGAGCCCCUGGAAGCCGCCACCUGUCAUCGAUCGACGGCUGGUGGAGAACACGCUUGCCCACCUGCCGUUCCCGUACCCGGUCCCGAAGCACAUGAUGUGCGUGCCGAUCCACCACGACAGCGUGCGGGAGGCCGCGCUGAUCGGGAAGUACGAGGAGGCGAUCGAGGGGCUGCCCGCGUACCCGCGGGGGCCGUGGAAGCGGAACGAGAGCUGCCACGUGGGCUCCAAUGCUUACGUCAGCCGUUACACCGAGCCGGGGAGCAGUCUUUUCUACUACAACAGCGCAGGCGCUGCCAAGAUCUCCCCGAAGCGCCUCAUCAUCAGCGGCAGUGAGCGACUCGUAUCGCCCAACUUCCAAUUUAUGUUCCUCAUGCAACGCGACGGCCAGUGCAUCGUUUACCGGUUGAAAGAGCCGUUCCUACCGGUCUGGCGCUGGCCCUGGUGCGACCACCCGGGGAUAGCUUACGUCGAGUUCCAGGGCGACGGGAACCUGGUCGCGUAUGAUACGAGCCCGCAGGCUAUCAUCGCGUCCUCCACGACCGCGGGCGAGCGGCGCGCAAAGCACCUCGCGCUGCUGGACGACGGCCGGCUCGUGCUGACGUCAGCGACUGGUGACGUCGUGUGGGAGGCGGAGCAGACGUUCCUGGCGGAGUCGGCGGCUUGGUUCACAAAGCGAUCCGGCUACCAGAUAUUCGUUCCCAUCACGCUGACCGGCAUCGACGCCGAGUUCGAGGGCGCGACGGCGGUCGGCGAACUGUGCCAGGCCCUCUCGGGCCGCGUUUUCUUCUCCCUAGUUUUCCUCGGCGUAGGCGAAAUGCCGGCUAUCGAAGCCGCCCUCCACGGGAUCCUCCUAGAAUACAUGUGCUCGUUUACGAGUAGCGGCGUCGCGUCGUCCGGGGACCAAGCGCGCGAGUUGCACGUGGCCACGUACAAAGAGUGGAGCACGGGGCGCGCGCACAGCUGUGCGAAGGCGUUCCCGGUACACGAUAGUGACACGUGUCUCAGGGACUUCAUCGGGGACAUCACGAGUAACUUGCAUUCGGCGGAGCGGUGCACGGCCGGCGAUGCGCAGGGCGCGACCUUCUUGGAGCCCUCGGCGGUGUGUUGUGACUCGCCGACUUACUAAUUUAUGCCUGUUGUGAAGACGUGGUUGUCAUUGGGAAAUCAUUGCUUCACACAGCAAGAGUCAGCGGUUGGGAGGCGUCGAGGUCGGCAGUCUGUGCAUAUAGAGCUUAGUCUUGAAAGGCCUAGAGUCAGCAAAUUCUUUGAGCCAGUGACAGGUGUAUGAUGAGUUAGUUAAACGGUCGAAGUCCCGCACCCAAUGAUUAUAUUCUUGUGGUCAUUAGCUUCAGUCUAAUCUCUUUUCGUCUUUAUCGCGGAUUUGUGCCAUCAAGGCUGCCGUGCAGCUUGAUACGUUAGUACAUGAUAAGUGUAGCACACAACCGUACGUCGGGGUUCAGCUGAUCGGACCUCUACCAUCAAUCAUUGCCUCCAAUGUUGGGGC